AAGGGCAGGAGCACAAGGAAGACACGUUUGACGUCUUCCGUCAGAGGAUGAUGCAGAUGUACAGACACAAACGGGCCAACAAAUAGGUCUGAGAUCUGAGCCCCAGCCAACCCAGUCACAGCAGACAUUUCUGCAGGAUUCCUUUCUGAGCCUUGAAGAUGAUCAUCUGGACCCCACCCACACUCCUGCGGCUGGCAGGAAGGAGCCUGCUGAGGGACCAGGCCUCAGCCAUCACAGCUCUGGAGUACCUGCCCGCAGAGCUCUUCCCGCAGUUCUUCAUUCAGGCCUACCGUAGGAGAAUCCCGGAGCCCCUGAAGGCCAUGGUGCACACCUGGCCCUUCACUGUCCUCCCUCUGGGCUGCCUGUCACAUUUGUCCCUGGAUGAGGUCUUCAAAGCCGUGUUGGAUGGGCUGGACGUUCUGCUUGCCCAGGAGGUUCGGCCCAGGAGGUGGAAACUGCGGGUGCUGGAUUUAAGGAACACGGGAGCCAACUUCUGGAGGAUGUGGUGUGGAGACAGCACCCAGAAGUGCUCACAGACAGGACCAGUGGCUGUGCACAGCUCCAGCCCCAACAUGCAGCACCCCUUGGCUCCCUUGGAGGUGUUCCUAGACCUUAACUUCAAUGGAAGGGAUGGGGAUGAGUUUCUCAAGUACAUCAUCCAAUGGGCCCAGCAGAGGGAAGGUUUGCUACACCUGUGCUGCAAGACGCUGAGGAUUUCUGAGGUGCCCUUCCAGAGGGUCAGGAGGGUCCUGGAUGGGGUGCAGCUGGACUGCAUUCCAGGAAGUGAAGAACAGGAGGAAGAGGAGCAGGAGUGGGAGGAGGAAGAAGAUUGGGAUAGGAAACAGCAGGAGGAGCAGCGAUCCUUUUCCCAAUUCCUCUCUCAGAUGCUCAGGCUGCGGCACCUUCGGGACCUCAACAUGGAUUCUCCCUCCUUCCUCCGAGGCCGUCUGGACCAGAUGCUCAGGUGCCUGCAGACCCCCUUGGACAAACUCUCCAUAAGAAAUUGCCAGCGGCUGACGCAUUCGGACCUGACACACCUGCUCCAGUGCCCGAACCUCAGGCAGCUGACGUCCCUGCAUCUGUUUGACCUCAGGCUUGCGGAUUUUAGUCUUGAGCCCCUCCGAGCUCUGCUGGAGGCAGUGGCACCCACCCUCCAGGACCUGGGCCUGGAUCACUGUGGGAUGGGGGACUCCCAAGUCGAGGCCAUCCUGCCUGUCCUGAGCCGCUGUCACCAGCUCAGGGACUUCACCAUGUCUGAGAACAACUUCUCCGUGGCCACCGUGGAGAAGCUGCUGCGCCACACAACCAGGCUGCGCAGUUUAGAGAUCGAGCUCUACCCCGUCCCCCUGGAGUGUUACAGGACCCAAGGGACUGUCAACCAGGAGAGACUUGCCCUGAUCCGGGCUGAGCUCAAGCCGACACUGAGGGAGUUAGGACAGCCCAGGAGCACCCUGCUUGCCUCCAAGCACUGCAGUGAGUUUUAUGACGUGGCAUUUUCAUGACAUGGAGCCUGUGAGGUGCCCCUGUAGUGACCCUGCUCAGUGGGUGCACCCAGCAAAGGCUUCUU